AUGGCCAAUAGCGUGGAUCACUCAAACCCCAUCACCCUUUCUCGUUUUAUUUUGGCCGAGAAGGAGAUACAAGGCAAUGCUGAUCUUAGCGUUCUCUUCACGUCCAUUGAGCUGGCAUGUAAGGUCAUCGCCAGUUCGGUACGUCGUGCGGGUCUGACGGGUCUUUACGGUCUUGACGGCUCAGAGAACUCAACCGGAGACCAAGUGAAGAAGCUUGAUGUGCUCGCCAACGAGAUUUUCAUAAACUCGCUUAAAUUUUCGUCCAAGAUUGAGGUCAUGGUUUCGGAAGAAGAGGAGAAGCCUAUUAUUGUGCAGAGUGAUUCUACUGGCACAAAGUAUUGCAUUGCUUUUGACCCGCUCGAUGGCUCGUCCAACAUUGACUGCAACGUAUCAACUGGUACUAUCUUUGCGAUAUACCAGCGGGAUGCCACGUCUGAAGGAGGCUACAAGGAUAUCUUGCAACCGGGUAGCAAACUUGUGUCGGCUGGUUACUGUAUGUAUGGGAGCUCGACGCAGCUGGUGCUAACUUGGGGCAGCGGCGUGCACUGUUUUACUCUGGACCCGACAAUUGGAGCAUUUAUUCUCUCACAGAAGGAUAUUCGCAUUCCAGAAGAACCUAAAACAAUAUAUUCGUGCAAUGAGGGCAAUUACGCCCGUUGGGAUCGUGCCACGAGGGCAUUCGUGGAUGAGUGCAAGACCAGACCAAAUCCGUACGCGGCACGUUACGUCGGUAGUAUGGUGUCUGACAUCCACCGUACGAUUUUAUACGGUGGAAUUUACAUGUACCCGGCCAGCAAAAACGCCAAAGAUGGUAAACUUCGUUUGCUCUACGAGUGCAAUCCCAUGUCGUUCAUUAUGGAGCAAGCUGGUGGCAUGUCGACCACUGGCACAGAACGGAUCCUUGAUCUUAUUCCCACGAAUAUUCACCAGCGCUCGUCAAUUUUUCUUGGCUGCAAGCGGGACGUCGAGCGAGUCAUAUCGUUGUACGAGGAGUAUGGUGACGCAUGA